AUGGUAUUUUGGGGACUUGUAUUAGCCCGUGGAUCCAGUAAAUCAAUACCACAUAAAAAUAUACAAUUAUUGGAUAACAAACCAUUGAUUGGAUGGGUUUUAGAGCCUAUGAAAAAUAGUGCGGUUUUUGAUGACAUAUGGGUGUCAACUGAUGACAAACAGAUUGCAUCGAUUGCACAAUCAUAUGGUGUCAAAGUUCAUGACAGAAGUCAAGAGAGUGCUACCGAUUCUUCAUCAUCUUUGGCAGCAAUUCUUGAAUUUAUUAAAACACAUAGAGGUGCCGAUCAAAUAUGUUUAGUUCAGUGCACAUCACCUUUUCUAAGGGAACAGUACUUAAAAAGUGCUUAUCAUUUAAUGAUUGACCAGAAAUAUGAUUCCGUUUUUUCUGUAUAUCGAAGUCAUUGUCUUCGUUGGUCUAUUGGUUUAAAUGCAUUGAAUUUUGAUGAACAUUGUCGUCCCCGAAGACAAGACUGGACUGGUGAAUAUGUAGAAUCGGGUCAUUUCUAUUGCUUUACCACAGCAUUGGUUCAAAAUGAUGGGAUUCUUCAGGGAGGCAAAUGUGGUGUCAUUGAAAUACCUAAAAAAUUUUGUUUAGAAAUUGACGAUAUGUUUGAUUUACAAUUAGCUAAAUAUUAUCGCAAUUUUUUUUAA